AUGGCAGAAAUGCUUGGAUUGCCUCAAUUUUACAGCAGAUUUAAAGGAUAUAUGGACAAUAAUGCCCACAAAGAAUUGACAGAAACGUUUGAAUCGCCCGAAGAAGACCGCGAAGUGGAGAAGCUCAAAAGAGGUGUAGUGAAAAAUCUAAUAAAAGAUGAUGAAGACAUUUCUAAAGAAGUGGAGAAGCUCAAAAGAGGUGUAGUGAAAAAUCUAAAAAUAGAUGAUGAAGAAAUUUUUAAAGGUGAAGACGAUGUAGUAUUAGAUCCCUUUCUCUGUUCAAAGAGUCUAAAAGGCAUUACAGAAUUAAUUGAAUCGGGGAAGCUGCCAAGCCAAGAAAUACUUAAUGAGAUGUGUCAGAUUUUUGAGAAGAAAUCCCAAGAAAUAAUUAUCACAUGCGAGGCAAUUUGUAAACAUAUAAAAUCGAAACAUGCCGCUAUUGCAAAUGUAUGGGCUGCUUAUACAAUUCAAAACCCGCAUCAAAUAAUUUUUGUAGUAAUAGUUGAACACAAAUCAGAAGGUGACAGUAGUACAGAGCCUCUAAGUUUAGAUAAAUUGAUUACAUAUUCAUUCGUCAGCCAACAAGUUGGUGAAUUCAACUCAGAAGGCCCUGAAGUACUUAGGCAAGAGACUUCAGCUUCUAAAGGAUUAGAUGAAGAGUCCUAUCAAAAACUUCAGAGCUGCAUUUCAAAACACUCUGAAGAUUUGAUGAAAAGACACAAGUAUCUUUCAAUUAUAUCUGCAUGCCCAAAUAGAUCAAGAGGAUUUGGCGUUUCCUGGAAUUUACUACCUGAAAAGUGUAUUGUCCUUUACGUCCAGAAAAAGAAAUACAUUCCAAUUGAUGAAGAACCAUUUAAAACAAAUUAUGACGGCAUUCCAGUUGAUGUUAGAGAAGGUGCCUUUAUUCCAUUCGGACGUACUGCCAAAGACCUGCUUGAUCCUGUUAAAAUGGGAAGCCAAAUAGGUGGAGAUAUUUAUAAAGGAACUCUUGGGUUUUUCAUAGAUCAUCCUCAAUUUGGAAUAUGUGGACUUACAUGUGCUCAUGUUCUUUUAACACGAUGGGAGAUGAUUGAACUGAAAACAAAUCAUAGCGGUACGUUGAAAUGGCCAUUACAUAGAAUGUGCAAAAAUGUUUAUCAGCCUGCUGACAAACAGUCUGUAUUAGGACACACAGUUCAAGUAAUUUACAAAGAAGGUUCAGACGAAAAUUGUGGAAUGGAAUUAGCUUUGUUCAGAAUCACGGACAGACAUCCCAAAUCUCCAAGUUUCCCCGAUGUGACAGGAUCAAAUGCUGCUACAAGUAUUAUAUACGACAGUUGGCGAAUGUGUAGCACCGACAGACUGAAUAAGAAGGAGGAUGCUCACGUCAUAAAAUUUGGAUCAAAAACCGAAUUAAGUCAUGGGAUAAUAAAAUUUGAUACUACCUCAGUUAAAUCAUUAGAUGCAUAUCCACUUUUUCAUGAAUAUGCACCGAUUAAACUUUUUAAGCAAAUUGAAGUUAAAGCUCUUUCAAAUGGCAUUCCUUUUGCUGAAGAGGGCGAUUCAGGUGCGCCUGUGUUCGUUGUCGAGAAAAAUUCACAAAAUAAAUGUAUAGGUAUUAUAGAGGGAGGAACAACAUACGGGACAGUAGUCGUCACACCUAUCGUUCCUAUUUUAGCAGAACUAGAUGUACCUUGCUUAAAAAGUUUUGACACUGAAAAAGAAUUGUCAAAUAUUCAAAAUAAAAUAGAUAAUUUAGAAACACAGAUGAAAAAAAUUGGUAGUGACAUACAGACGAUAAAACAAAUUCUGUUGAAACCGCCUCAAAAUUUUGAUUCAUCAAUGCCUAACUCACCAAAUGAUCAACAAGGUCAUGCUUGAAUUAAAAGGAUAAUAAAAAUUAGGUUAGUUACAAUGAACAUCAAUAAGGAAAUCGAAAAAUGUGUAGUUUUAAAUCUGUAUAAGAAAUCGUUUUUGUCAAAGAAAAAUUUGAAAAAUGCCUAAUAGGGUCAUAGAUGGCUGAAAAAUCGCAGUCACUUUGACUCCGCUUCUCGUAUUUUGCAGGAGCUUUAUUUUGAGACAUUUUAAAUGUGAUUGGCCAUUUGAAACAUUUGUUUUUUUCCUUAAGAUGAUAUAACAUUUAAUUAUGGUCUCAGUAAUAUCAAGCUAUUAAUAUUCUCUGAUACUUAUAAUUUGCAUUUGCAAAAAAAGCUAUAGCAAAGUUUGUGCCUGUUUCGUAUUUUUUACAAUUUUCAAAUAAUUUCAUUUAUUUAAUUUCAGUUAUAGAAAGCAUCUUACCUUAAAUCCAUGAUUCUUGUUUCACUUUUAGCUCCCUGGGCUUAAGCUCACCAGUUCAAAUCAAACAAAACAUUGUUAACAUUCUAGAGUCACAUUUUAUUUCAACAAACUUUGUCAGAAUGAAUGAUGAUCUUAUUGAUAUCUUUUGAAGAUGUGUUAUCUCGGGUCAAAAACUAAGGGAUCAGUUUAAAUAAUGAACAAAAUUUUAAUAUGUGUUAUUUUGGCUUUCGAGUGAUACAUGUGGAUAUUAUAGCUGACAAGAUUUUAUAUCUGCCGAGCCGAUACAUAUAUAAUUAUUUUGUAAGAAUGAAUUAGUUAAUAUAAAGUUAACUUAAGCAAUUUUAUUCAGAUGGGCAUAUAAGGGACAUUAUGGUAGUCUUGUAUCUAUUAUUUUUUAUCGUUUAUAUGUUAAUGUUGUAUAUUUAAACAUCGUUUGAUCAUUACGAUUGUAUAUUCUGUGUAUAUUUUGAGUUAAAUAUAAAACAUGUGACCGUAGAACGGGUAUUUUCGUCACAUUCAGCUUUAUGAAUUUAUUUUUAUAUUUUGUAAUUUGAUAAAUUUAUUCGUACUUAUUUCUCUACUCAGAACUAUUAAAAAGCUCGCCUAGCUCAUGCACAAUUCGAGUCUUUUUCAAUUCUAAAAUAAUGUUUCGUAGAAAAACUAAAUUUUAUAAAUUUAGAAAAGAAAAAUGGAGUAAAAAUAAAUAAUAUGCUUAAAGGGACUCCACUGAGGUUUAAAAGCCUAAAAACAUAACAUUUUAAUUUAUUACAUAAAUGAGCAGGGGCACUUUAAACAGAAAUGUAUGCAAAGAUAGUUAAGAAAUAUACUUUGAAAUAAAUUGAAAAUCGUGUUGUUAUGCUUUUCUUAGUUCGAUUUGAGUGAAAAGCGUUUAAACGCUUUUCAUUUUGGGUCAUUUUUUUACAAUUUGAAUAGUCAUUCUGGAAAAACGAAAUGCCCGAAUGAUCUGAAAUUUUGCUUAAAGAUUAGUGGUCUUGACCUACAUCAAAUGGUACAUUUAUCUGUACAAAUAUUAUCAGUCCCAUCAUGUCAAAAAACCUCAGUGGAGUCCCUUUAAGCCAGUUUUCCUGUGUUACAUUGUUCAACUUUUGAAUAGCCCAUGUUUUAUGAGAUGAGAAUGUGACAUUCUUUUACGAAUAAGUAGUGACGUACUUUGUUUACAUUAUGCUGUCACAGCUGCACACUUGUAUUUUACUGUUAUAAUUGUUAAUAUAAGUGUCCAUUGUAUGUAAGAACAUUUAUUGUAUAUAGAAUGUGUAAUCAAAUUUUGAUAAAACAUGUGUUUUUAUGUAAUGUAAUCAUGUCAUUGUGUAUGUAUUGUCAUAUUUCUAAAAGUUGUAAUCAUUAAUUACUAUAUUUGUUAUAUAAAUAUAAGAUAUAUGUGAGAAACGUUGACUUAACUAAUUUCUAUUAGACAAUUAUUGCUUAAUACUCAGAAAUGUAAUAGUUUGUUUACUUAGCGAAUUUAAUAUGCACUUCUAAAAGACGUAUGCAACAGUGACGUACAGACAUAUGGCAGAUGAUAUCUAAUAUUCUAACACAACCUUCAAUAUUCCCCUAUUGAACAUAGGACCGAAAGUGUCUGUAAAUACUGUUCACGAUAUGAUAUAUUUUUUGCCAGUAAAAGUGCGACACGCUAAAAAUAUUAACGAAAACAAAUCAGACACCAUAUAGCUUGCUAUUAGGUACGACAACAUUUACUUGUUGUGUCGAGUUAGAAUCGAAAUAAUAUACCCAAGUAGUGAAUUUAUCGCUUAGCAAAAAUCACUCUUGUCUUUCGGAUGAGCAGAAUUUUUCAGUAGGGUUACGCGCUCUUGAGUUAUUCUCUCGCAUGCGAAUUCCAAACAGUUAAUAUAUGAUCAAAGCACUGUUGGUGAUAUUUUAUUUCUGAAAUAUAAUAAAUAUCU